AUGUCCGGAAAACGUGUUCUUGUGACUGGAGCCUCGUCUGGAAUCGGUCUUUCCCUAACCGAGCAACUCGUCAAAGAUGGCCAUAAGGUUACGAUCACCGUUCGGAAUCAAGAGAAGGCUGAUGCUACCCGACGGAUCCUCGCCGAGAAACAGAUUAUGGACGAGAGUUUGGGAACUAAGAGGGAAAUUGUGCAAGACCUUGCGUCGUAUAGAGAGAGCAGACAAAGAGGUCCGUAA